AUGAGAGUGAAGAUAUGUUAUGGAGGGGAAACAGUGAACAUCAUCAGUGCUUAUGCUCCACAAGUGGGCUGCACAGAGGAAGAAAAGAGCAGCUUUUGGAAUUCAAUGAAUGAGGUAACACAAGAACUGGAAGAGCAGAAGAAGAUUGUAGUGGGGGCAGACUUUAAUGGACAUGUCGGAAAUGUAAAUGAUGAAAAAAUACCAGAAGAUUGGCGGGAAAGCAUAUUGAUACCUAUAUUUAAAGGUAAAGGUGUUGUCCAGGAAUACAGUAAUUAUAGAGGUAUCAAACUAAUGUCUCACACGUUGAAGAUUUUGGAAAGAGUAAUAGAUGGCAGGCUGAGAGAGGAAGUGAGAAUAGAGAAGGAACAGCUAGGAUUUAUGAAGGGAAGCGGCACAACGGAUGGAAUAUUUUGCAUAAGGCAGCUGAUGAAGAAAUUCAGAGAAAAACAACGAGACUUGCAUCUGGUAUUCACAGACCUUGAAAAGGCCCAUGACAGUGCCACGGCAAGAAUUAUGAAGAUGUUUGAGGGAGAAGAUUGUGCCGAAAAGUUUGUCAGAAUUAUUCGUUGGUGA